AUGUCUAGAAUCUUUCCUCGUCACUCAAACCUACAGAAAUAUCUUCUGCUCACGAAUGGUUUAUCUGCAUUUUUGUGGCUGGCAGUGCUCAUGAGACUGCUGGUGCUCUUUCCUCUGGUGGGUACGAGGUUCCUACCUGGUGGAAUUGCAGACUUUUUCUUGGCCAUGCAAUUUUUGAUUGUGAUAGAGUUGGCGAACUACUUUGUGAUAUUUCGGAAGCCGAAUGUUAGAACAAGGACUCCGUCGCUGGUGAAUCUGGCACUUGGAACAUUCACCAGGGCUAUCGUUUCGUAUGGAACGAUCUGGAAAUACCCACGUGUCGCCAGAAACAACGCGUUUGCUCUACUCAUAGCUUCAGAGUCUAUUUCAGAGACGAUACGGUAUGCUUAUGUGGUUUACAAAGUGAGGACUUUUGGGUUGGUGUCGACACCCAUCAGAUACCUCAAAUCGUUUUCUACCAUGAUCAUGUUCCCUGUUAGGGUUCUUUGUGAGAUGGCACUCCUAUUUGUGGCCCUGCCUUACGCUGAUCAUGAUAAUCCCACGUUUGCUUCUUUUCUGAGAAUUUUGCUGCUGCUGUACGUCCCCACACUCUACGUGGUUUACUCGUCUACGUUCAGAUCAGGCAGAUCAUCACACCAGAAGGAGAGUUGA